UUUUCAGUAUUAUUUACAUAUAUUUGUCAAAAUUGUGCUUAAAUGUUUUAAACUAGUUAUUUACCUGAUAUAAUUAUGAUCUAUAGUCAUUGCAUAUAAUAUGUAUAACGAUUUAAAGGUGUACAGAUUGAAAGUGAGUCCAACUGGCCUGAGCCCUUGCAAUUACAUUACAGGCUUAGAGGCUAAUAACACUACGGCUGUUUCUUUAAGAACAAGAGGGAAGGGCGCCAAGUUUCAUUUCCCCCUUUGAUAGAGUCGGAAUAUAAAUCGUGCAUAUUUAUCGCCCGGUGCAGUAGAAAGAGGAAGGUGAGCUUCUAAUUCAUGUCCUGCAAGAAAACAAUACCGAAACUUCUUAAAGAUGGCUACGAUUAAUUCUCCUGCCUAAAUUUUGAGAUACGCCAGUCCAAGAAAGAAAUUUAACAAGAUGGCAGAAGCACGGGCUGAAAACGUCUAUAGUGAAGCUGUGCUUGUUGGCCCGCCACCUGUUGGUGAAACAGAGUUAGUGCAGCCAGAUGGAUGCGGGCAGGCACAGAUGGAGUUUCUAGGUCCUCAUACGGAAUAUGACGAGGAAGAGGAGGAGAAGAAGUAUUACCGCAGGAUGAGGCUGGGCGUGGUCAAGAACGUGGUGGCGGCCAGCCUGGGCGGAAUGAUCACGUACAGCGUCUACCUGGGUCUGCUUCAAAUGCAGCUUAUUCUUCAUUAUGACGAGACGUACCGGGAGGUGAAGUACAGCAGUUUGGGCUUGGAGGAUAUUGACAAGAAGAUGCUCAUGGGGAUCAACGUCACGCCUAUUGUGGGCCUGCUCUACACCCCCGUCCUAAUCCGGUUUCUUGGCACCAAGUGGAUGAUGUUUCUGGCAUCUGGAAUCUAUGCUCUUUUCGUAUCAACCAAUUACUGGGAGCGAUACUACACCCUGGUACCAUCGGCUGUUGCUAUUGGAGUUUCCAUUGUACCCUUGUGGGCCUCGCUUGGGAAUUACAUCACCAGAAUGGCUCAGCAGUUCUAUGAGUUUGUCAACUACAAGGAGGAGCAGGAAGAACAGAGGAGGACCACCAAGGGGGCGUGUCAUCGCUACAUCAUCAUUUUCCAGUCUGUUUUCUACGUCAUUUUCCAUCUGUGCCUGGUCUUUGCCCAGCUCCCCAUGCUUCUCUUCUUGAAUAACUUCCUCAUCGACUAUAACCACACCCUCUGCAACGUACAGAGCUGCGGCGCGACGUCGUCCGGGGUGAUAACGGGACUCAAUAAGACGGUGCUGUCCCAUCUGCCUCCCUCUCUGCUGCUCAUCAAGGUGGAGAGCAUAAUGAUGGGAGCUGCCUUUCUCGCCAUGAUUAUUUUCCUUGCUCUCUGUGGUGCGGCUUACCGGCCCACGGAGGAGAUCGACCUUCGUAGCAUCGGCUGGGGUAACAUCUUCCAGCUGCCCUUCAAGCACCUGCGGGAUUAUCGCCUGCGUCUGCUCUGCCCAUUUUUCAUCUACAGCGGCUUUGAGAUGCUGUUCGCCGUGACGGGGCUCAUGCUGUCUUACGGCGUCUGCUCUGUUGGCUUGGAGAACCUGUGGGCCCUGGUGAUGGCGUACGGCUUGUCGGCGUCCAUCUUCUCGGCGCUGCCGCCGCUGCUGAUGUGGCUGCCUCGCUGGGUUCCGCUCCUCACGGGGGCCACGCUGCACCUCUGCAUACUAGUCGGGCUGAUGAUUUGGUCCCCAAAGCCACGCAACCCGAAUCUAGAACCCGGCCUCCUGGCUCUAGUCGCGGCGUGGGGAUUGGGAACGGCGUUGAACAAGACCGGCCUGAGCACCCUGCUUGGCAUGCUGUACGAGGACAAGGACCGGCUGGACUUCGUCUAUACGAUAUAUCACUGGUGGCAGGCCAUCGCCAUCUUUGUCGUGUACCUGUGGUCCGGACUUCCCAUGAGGGCCAAGCUCUCCAUCUUGUUGGUCACCCUGCUGGUGUCGUGUCUUUGUUACCUGCUGAUGGAGCGUCGGCUCGUUAUGAAGGUUGCUUACCGACUGCCCCGGAUCCCCCGGCCGCGGCACAAGGUCAAAGGUUAUCGCUACCUGGAAGUGGACGAUUCUGACGAAUCGGACGUGGACAAGAGCGAGGACGAGAUGGUGGAAAGGGACGAGGCGGACAGGGACACAUCCUCACAAGGCUCCGACGUGGAUCUGAGGGAGGGGGAGGUGCCAGGAGGAGGGGGGGCGCGACGGAGGCGUGACAACACGUAUGAGCAGGCGGGGGGGAUGGGGUAGGGAACAAA